CUGUGUAGUUCCCCGCCUCCAGAUGUUCGGGCUGCUGACGGGUCUCCAUUUCGCAGCGGGCGGACUCUCCCUCAAACUGCGGGUUGCCGACGGGACCAAGGAGCGCUGGAAUCCCAGCUCCCGCUGCUUUCCUCCCGGUGAAGUUGUUCUAGUCCCCGCCGUGAGCGAGACUGAGCGCUGCUAUGUCGGAGGGCUGUUUUCUGUCCGCGCUGCAGCCCAACUCCUCCUGCACCGCCUACGUGCUGCCCUCGGACGGCCAGUCUGCGGACCCCAUGGCCAAAGUCCGCAGGGUCCAGGAGCAGGUCCGGAUGCGGCUGGCCGAGAGGAAGUCCUACUCGCUGUCCAGACAGGGCGACUCGCAGCACGGGCCAGCAACAGACCACAGUUAUCCUGAAGUGAAACAUUUCUCCAAGACACAUGGCUUCAGCUCCAGGUCCAUGACAAGCAUGCCCACUCGUCCGAUGGCUGUCUCUGCUGUGUCUUCUCGAGCCUCUGGGAUCUCCUCCCACUCUGCUGUGGACAGCAGUUUAAAGAUGAGGCAUAAAGAAAGCAGCAGCGUCCAGAGCAGCUUCCACACCUCCCAGAUGCAAAACCGCAGCCAGCGCUCUAAGUCCCUGUGCCAGGAAGACCAGAGAGCCUUUCCUCUCACAGGUCUGGUCCAACAAGAGACUUUGUCUGUACCCCUCACUGUGCCCCCACCUGGAGACCUCCGGCGCAGCCUCAGCGGGGUGCUGGCCCGGGAGCGAGGCCACUGGCAGGACGAGGAGCUGCCUUACGAGUACACCUAUAAAGGCCCGUCUCAUCGCAUCAUCAACAGAAUCACCAACCGGCAGCAGUACUACCAGCAGCAGAGCUCCGGAUUUGGGCAGGAGGGCUGGGUGGGCAACGGCAGAGGCAUCUCCAGUGCAGGCGAGAGCAUGGGCGCGCAGUGGCAGCAGCACUCAUCCAGGGCCAACCACGCCAUGGCGGCGGCGCAGUACGCCCCGCUCCAUCGCGCGGCCUCGCUGCGCUCACUGAGGAGCGUCGGCAAGGGAGCGGAUAUCAUGGAUGCAGCCUCCAUACAUAGCAACGAUCCACUGGCAGACAUGCAGAGUAUUGACAUGCCCACAGCUGUCAGAUAUCUCUCCGACUCCAAUACUUCUCUGCAAGUCUUGGGAGCUGCUUACAUACAACACCAGUGUUACCACAGCAACGAUGCCAAGAACCAGGUCCGUGUUCUGAACGGUGUUCCAGCGUUGGUGACCCUCUUCUCCAGCGACAGUAUAGAAGUGCAGCGUUACGCUACAGCAGCUACGCGGAAUCUCAUUUAUGAGAACGCUGACAACAAGGUCGCCCUCAUGGAAGCCGGCGGACUGACGUCUCUGGUGAACAUCCUGAACCAGCAUGACGAAGAGCUCUGGAAGACCAUCACAGGCAUCCUUUGGAAUCUGUCCUCCAGAGACAACCUGAAGGACAGGCUGGCUGUGGAAGCACUGCCGCUUUUAACCGAGAAGAUCCUGGUUCCGCUGUGCAAGAGCAUCCCACUGAACCCGUCUGAGAGAGAGAUCUUCAACAACACCACCGGCUGUCUCAGGAACUUGAGCUCAGUAAAUGAGAAAACGAGACGGAAGAUGAGAGGCAUGCAGGGUCUGGUGGACUCUCUGGUGUUCUACAUUCAGCAGGAGGAAAGAGGAGACGAUAAGGGCUUAGAAAAUUCCCUGUGCGUGAUGAGGAAUCUGUCGUACCAGCUGUAUGCGGAGCUUCCUCCCUCAGUCCGCCUUCAUCUGGAAGGCCCUUCAAGAGCUUCUGCCUCCAGAACCACUGAGAUCAUCGGCUGCUUUACUGUGCAGAGCAAGAAAGCCACCGAGUUUCAACACAGGAACCUGCCUACACUGUCACACCCCAAGGGCUCCGAGUGGCUGUGGCACCCAAAGGUGGUGCCGCUCUACAAGCUCGCCCUACAGAACAGUGAAGGCUGCUCUGCUGCCCAGGAAGCUGCCGUCGGAGCCCUGCAGAACAUCACGUCAGGAGAGGCACGGUGGUGUGCAGUGCUGAGCGGCGUGGUGACAGAGCAGGAGAGGAUGCUCCCCAUGCUGCUGGAUCUGUUCGACAGCAGCAGUGAAAUGCUGCUGAGGCCUCUGACCGGCCUGCUGAGAAACCUGGCCAGGCACGCUGCAGACAAAAGCCACAUGGCUAAGAUCAUGGUGAAUAUUCUGGUGUCCAAGCUGCCGAGCGAUGGCCUGCAGAAGACCCCAUCCAGUGAGGUGGUGGUCAACAUCUGCGUGGCCCUGAAUCACCUGGUAACCUGCAGUUCUUUGGCAGCUCGAGAUAUCGCCUACUUCAACGGCCUUCCAAAGCUGAUGGGCAUAAAGACGUCCCACGAUAACAGCUCUGGGAGUCUUAAGGCUGCCAGGGCAGCCUCCACCGUCCUCUGCAACAUGUACCAGUACAACAAGCUGCACAGAGAUUACAAACUGAGAGGAUUCACCCGACAGAACUUCAUCGACGGCAGCUUCUAGUCGGCGGCGUCCGUUUCCUGCCAGCAUGAGGGCAGCGGUGAGGAGAAGAAGGCGGAGAGACUGUCCACCUCAGCUGGACUGACUGGAAAAACAGAACACAGGAGAUGUUUGCCCUGGAUGCAUGUAACCGGGACACGGCUGUGUUGUGUUUUUGGCAGUGACAUGAAAUUAGUUUAUUUUAGACUGACACUGACAUGAUAUAUGGCUUCCUCCUAACAGAAUAGAUCCAGGAUUACUCCAGCUCAGACAUACGUAGUCAGACUGCAGCGAUCAGUUAGCGUUGUGUGCAUCAAAGUGCCUUUUUAACAAUUGGUGCCUUUACCUGAUGUUGUACACACUUUACACCUAAUUCUGACACAUUUGAACUCAUUUCUAGCAUCUCAUUGCUGAGGCUACUGAAGGUUUCAUGCAUCUCAUCCUGGGAAACCGUCUCUUUGUGAAAAUAAAACGCUGCUCACUCUACCAUUGGAGAAAGAAGAAAACUACUCAAUACUCCUGUUUUGGAGAUUUUAAAACUUUUAUACAGACUGUUAGUUGGGAAACAUUUUAGCCAUUCUUGGAGGGAUACAGAAUGGAUCUGCAGCUGGUUGUAGCUCAUAGAUGAACACAUUUAAAUUGGAUAUUUAACUCAACUGAGUUGCUCCUGAAUAUUCAUGAAUUGUUUUCUAAAAGAAAUUGUCUUUCAGUCCCUCCUGCACACACUGAUUCAUUCCCUCCUUAACCAAGGAACUAUAUUAGAAAACUAUGUGCUGGCUCCAUUGAGCACACACACAUAUAUGUACACACUUUAUUUUUACAAAGCAAGUCAUGUAAGAGUUUCAAUUAUGGAAAAUGGUUAUGCAUUAUAGGCAUAACACAACUGUUCUUAUGUUAGAAAAAAAUGUGAUUAAUGCGUAAAAUAGUGAGGCAGUGAAAAAAGACUGCAUGCAUGCACUGUUUGCACAAAGCAGUGUGAAAAAUGAGGGCAGAGCCAAGGAGACUGCAGUCCUCAUCCACCCCUCAGCUUCACAUCUCAGAGAGGAAUGCUGAGGCCCUCUGCCCUCAGAUUGCAGACCACUGACCCUGAUGUCCUCCUCAGUCACCUCUGGAGGGUCAUUGUUUGUUUUAGUUCAGGAGUAGAACCUAACAUCACUAACUGUUUGGUAUAGAAAUGAAUGACUUUUAACUGAAACUGGGUUCCCUUUGUUUUGUGAUGCUCUGUGAAUUAAGCACAAUGUUUAAAUAAUCUCGAUUAGUUUAGGUCAGUGGGUCUCAGUAAAGCUAACUUAGCAUGAUGUUGACAGUCAUCUUCAAACGCUAGUACAACAGGACUCUGACUAAUCUCAGCUUUUUGUGUUUUGUCAUUAAAAACGCAGCAUGAUAGGGUGAUGGGUCCAGUGUGACUGUGUGAAUUCUGUUUUUAAUCAGAAGUGGAUGCUUUGACGCGUGAUGAAGCAUCACAGAAGCUUCACAGAGGCUUGAAUUCCGCGUGGGAAGGUUGGAGGUUUCCCUCCAGUGUCGACCUUAAGAUCCAGUGUGACUACCUUGCAUGAAACAUAUUUCUGCAGUAAAAGGAAACAAAACAGAUUAUACUGCUCCCUUGUGUGAAGAUGUUGCUACAUCGUUUGAAAGAACAAAUCACAGAAAAACACAUUGUUGUUAGUGAGCCAGAUCAAGAGGUUAGGUUUGUGGGAUAGAUGGAACACAGUGCAAGUAGCCAGCAUACACAAAGUGUUCAUCUUUUAUCAGUCAUGUUUUUCCUUGUCAUUUAACAGCAAACAGUCCCACAAACAUCCAGUAAUUUAUACUAAAGAUCAGGCCUGGGUGCACCCAUUUAUUAAUUAUUGGCAUCUAUUGGUAAAAUAUCACAAGAGUCUGCGACAGACUGGCGACCUGUCCAGGGUGUACCCCGCCUAUCGCCCAGUGAAAUGAUGGAGACAGGCACACCUGGUGACCCCAUGAGGGAUAAAGCGAGUAAGAAAAUGGAUGGAUGGAUAUCACAAGAGUGAGCAAUAUCCUGUUCUUAUUGCUGAAACGACACACACAAAAAAAUCUAGAAAACAAUUGUCAUAAAAUAUGUUUUCUCUAUUUUUUUUCCUUUAAUCCAGGCAAACCUGCUAAAACAAUUUUAAUGUUUCAAAUCAACAAUUAUUCCAUUUUCUAAAGAAAAUGACUACUUUGCCUUAUGCAUUAAAAUAUUGUGUUUAGUUUAUUGUUGAGCAGGUAAAAAUGACAAAAAAAUACAGUUGUUUUUGCAAUUUGAAAAAAAAUCAAAAAAAAUUUGUGGGUCCCCUGAGUACUUUUAACCUGACAUUGUCGAGUUGAAAGUACUCAGAUGGCCCACAAAGUACUUGACAAGGCAGACAGCAUGAACAUCUCUGAUCUUCACGCAGAAACAAAGCAGACAGCAUGUUAGUUAAAGCUUCGACUCCAAAUAGAUAACUAAAUGAGACUUUCCAAAAGCAGAGCUAUGAAGUGUAAAAAAGCCGCGGGUUCUGCUUUGUGGACAGAAAAUUUGUCAUUUUCAGUACAUGAUGUGAUUGUUCAUAAAAACGUGGUUAAUGCAGGUUAGAAGUGUGGUAAUUUUGUCUAACAUUAAAUGUGUGGUAAACAGGCCUAACUUUAUGUAACUUUGUUACAAUACAAGCUUUUGUGUCAUCACUAAUAUUUUUAGGGGAAGCAAAUGAAUGCAUUAAUGUGCAGCUAUCUGUACUAUGAGUGAGGGGUUCAUGCUAAACAACUCUCCAAGAUGAAGGAUCGGUGCUUAACAAACAAGUGUAAAACUAGUAAAACACUAAGUGCCUUUGAACCAACGAUGUUAAAAAAAAACUGUUUAAUGUGAGAAUAAACUCAUCACAUGUUUUCUGUUCCUCUCUCGGCACUUCAGUCACUUCUGUUAAACUGGCUCGACAACGCAGCAUUUUCCAGUGUAAUGAAGUUUAGUAAAGGUAAUAGAAAAUGUGGAAAAUUAAUCUGUGUUUGAAACAAUUAGAAUAAACAUUUUAAGUAGAAGUUG